UUGUGGCUGUAGUAACUAUUGAUAAGCCAACUAGUCAGCCAUGUUCUUUUAUAGUUAAAUGAUAAUGGUCAGCCACCUCGGUAGCUUGCUAGCUGAAACAUCGAAGCUCUUUAGACUCGUUAGUGUAUAUUAUCCACUGUGUUUUAAACUCACUUCUGUCGUCUAGCUAGUUAUCCCAUUUAAUUUAAUAUGUGCUUUGUUGUUAUUAGUUAGCUAUAGUAAGUAGCUGGCUGGUUAAGUUAGCAUUAGCCUAGCUAGCUAACAUCUCUGACCAUGAGUUCACUGAGCUACUCUCCUCCUGAUAAAGAAGAGGAGGUCUGCUGGACGGAGAAAGAGGGUCUGUGGCUGAAUGUUGUCGUAAAAGAGGAGAAGGAAGAGGAGGAUGUUACAGUAACAAAAGUAGAGGAUGAGGAUGUUGCAGUGAAAGAGGAGGAUCCCGUUUUUGGAGUGAAGGAGGAGGGAGAGAUAACUGUCAUAUUGGAAGAAGAAGAGGAGGAUACUGGACAUCUGAUUAACCCCAGAGAGAGACGUAACUAUUGUGGAUCCUCUAGAGAGCCUCAACAACAUCAUGAAGCAGAGAAGAGACUCUCCACAUCAGAACACCUCAAGAAUCCCCAACGGAAACCCACAGGGAAGAAACUUCAUCGCUGCUCUGACUGUGGGAAGAGUUACUCCAGAUCAGAUUCACUUAAAGUACACCAGAAAAUUCACACUGGCGAUAAAUCUCACCGCUGCUCUGACUGUGGGAAGAGUUACUCCAGAUCAGAUUCCCUCAAAGUACACCAGAGAAUACACACGGCAGAGAAAACGUAUAGCUGUGAUCAAUGUGGGAAGAGUUUUACUUCACCUAGCCAGCUGACUAUACACCAGAGAACACACACAGGAGAAAAACCUUUCCGCUGCUCUGACUGUGGGAAGAGUUUUGUUAUCGCAGGAAAUGUAAAAUCACACCAGAGAACACACACAGGAGAGAAGCCUUAUAACUGUAAUCAAUGUGGGAAGAAUUUUGCUUACUCAAGCAGCCUGAUAGCACAUUUAAAAACACACACAUGAGAGAAUCUACUGCGUUGAAUGUGGGGGAGACCUUUUCAAAAUCAUCUACAUUACAAUCACACCAGAGAAUUCACACAGGACAGAAAUCUUAUAGUAUUUUAAUGAUGUCACAAUGUAGAAUGUUGUAACAUUAUAGUAGGAGUAUCUUAAUGAUGUCACAAUGUAGAAUCCUAAACGUUUGUCCCCCUGUUCUAUUGAUUUCAGCAUAAUAUGGAUAUUAGGGGGAAAAUCCAGGCUCUGAUUUGAUAGAGUACUAUUUAUGUGAUUUAACAAAAAGUGACUAACAAAAGAAAGAGUUGCGUUACACUUACCAUGAUGGUGACCCACUUGAAUCAAAAUGCAACACUUCAAAAUGUAGCGAGCUGUUUUUCUACAAAUUGUCCUCUAACUAAUGAUGUACACAUUAUUCCCAGAUUCUGUGUGAUAUUUGAUUUGAGUGAUGCCAAGUAAGUGUUGCAUUUCUCUUCGUUCUGGGGACUCCUAAAUUUAAAUGCAUCACUCCAAAAUGUAGCUGACGGUCUUCUGCAGGUUGUCCUCUAACCAGGGAGGUAAAAGAUAUCUCCCAUUUCCAUGUGUUUUUUAGUUGUGUUACUUUCAACAGCAACCUACAACCUGAUUUUUUUUUAUCCGAUUGAUGUCCGUAAUUUAUUGCCACUUUGUUAGAAGUGUUUUUGGUGCUCCUUUAAAAAAUAAUUCAAGGAAUAUGAUUAUUAUUGUGUUUGUGUAAAUAGCACAUUUUAUGUUUAGGUUUUGAAUAUAUCAAACUGUUCCUGCAUAUUGGUGAUUGAUUUGGACACGUUAAAACUGUGUUUUCACUUUGGGGAUAUCCCCCCUAGCGACGUUGGAAGAAAGACCGAAGUUCAAUCUACGCGUUUGUUUUUUGUUUUUUUAAGUAUUAAAGACUUAUUUUUUAACUUUAAGUUAGUUAUUGCCAAUACAUAUUAACAAAGGGGUAUUUCAUCAUAUUUACAUUUCAUAUAACAUUUUAGUAAUCAUAAUUAUUUACGCAACCAACUGACAAUUUGUUUUACUAUCAUAUUGUUUUACUAAAAUAAAACGAGAUUAUAUUUCCGGUUGGAUAUUUGGUUUUGAUAUUUCAUAUUACAUAAAUGUAAUGUAACAUUUCGUAAUCAUAAUUAUUUACGCAACUAACUUACAAUUUAUUUUUGUAUAAUUAUAUUGUUUACUAACAAUGUCGUAAAUCAAGCUUAUAGUUUGUGCCAGGAGUCAUUACAACCUAUUCUUACUAUUUUAAUCAAUGGUCUUUUCCUUAGAAUGAUCAUUAGUCUUUCAGUUUUUAUUGUUAUUCUUUAGUUUUUUUAUCCUCAUGAUUGUUGUACAUAUUUCAGUUUUUAUUUGUUUAUUAUUUUUAAUGAUUUUUUUUUAUUUGAAGCGCAUUGAUUUGCUUCCAUGUCUAAAAUGUGCAUAAAUAUGUGUGUAAAUAAAGCUUGAUUUUAUUUGAA